AUGUACUCCCAUGCCCCGCCCGCACCCCCGCCAAAACCACCGGGCAGCCAUGACGUUAGCCGGAUGAGCACGCCUGCGGGUGGGCCAACCCCGCGUCCUCCACCGCUGCCCCAGGAGAUUUCGAUCAGACAAGGGGGCAUCGAGAACUUCGAGGGCUCCGGCGGCGCGGACUACCGCGAUUCACAGCCCCAAGGAAUCCCAGACCCGGGAGACCAAUGGCUUCCUAAAUACCUAGAAGAUAAAUCAAAACAAGACCUUGCCACCAUUCUCUCGGACCCUACCCUACUCUCAGCCCUCACUCACGCCCCCCAAACGGCGCAUCCUUCCCUCCAACUCUCCCACGACACCCUGCAGGCGGCCCUGGCCGAGAAUACAGAGCGGGCCACGCAGCUUCUCGACCUGGAGUCGCGGCUCGGACACCAGCGGUCGGCGGCACAAGCCCAGCUACUGGCCACGCACGCGCUCGAGCGUCAGUGGCGCGCCAAGCAAGGGGACAUGGACCACGCGCUGGCGCCGUUUGCGCCGGCGAGUCUAUACCAGCGGCUCGCGCAGGGCGUGGUGGAGCAGGAAGGAGUGUGUUAUGCAUUGGAAGAAAGUUUCUUGGAGGGGGCGGACGAUGGGGUAUUGGCGACAGAACGGGAGUUGGGUGACUGGCUUAGGAGGUAUCGGGAAGCCAAAAAGUUGUAUUAUUUGCGGCAGGAGAGAAAAGAGCGAUGGGACGAGGGGCGCGUUGGUGGGUGGCGUUGA